CCUAAAGGACUACCCCCACAUCGGGAGUUCGAUCAUCGCAUACCACUGAUCAACGAGCAACACGCCAUACACGAUCAUCCUUAUAGGUACGCGCACUUUCAGAAAACCGAGAUUGAACGACAAGUGGCCGAGAUGCUUGAGUCAGGACUAAUCCAGCAUAGCAAGAGUCCGUUUUCUUCUACAGUCCUAUUAGCCAAAAAGAAAGACGACACGUGGAGGUUCUGUACUGACUACCGAGCUCUGAGCGCCGCAACUAUCAAGGACCGAUUUCCUAUCCCUAGUGUCAACGACAUGCUCGAUGAGUUAGUCGGGUCAUGCUAUUUCUCAAAACUCGACCUGAGAGCUGGUUACCAUCAGAUUCGACUCCACCAGGCCGACAUUCCAAAGACAGCAUUUCAUACGCACCAGGGGCACUAUGAGUAUCUGGUCAUGCCAUUCGGAUUGUGCAACGCCCCAUCCACUUUUCAGUUCGCUAUGAAUUCUAUCUUCAAGGAGUAUCUACAUAAGUUCGUUCUGGUAUUCUUUGAUGAUAUCCUGAUCUAUUCGAAGUCGUGGGGCGAACAUCUUGU